AUAUAAUAGACAAUUGAGCCUGUGGUAUAUAUAGUCAACAUAUUUCAAUGUCACAGUUUAGUAAGUAUACAGGCUGUGUCGAAGCGUAACGUGCACCAAAAUAUAACAACCUGGGAUAUUGUGCUCGAUUAUUGUGAUAAACGAAUAUUACCUGGAAGUAAUUAAACAUACAUUUUAUAUAAUAUGUUUCCCUUCGGAGUACUUUAGAAGUAUAGUGUAAUUUAACUCAGAGUUUUAGGUUGAUUGGUCGAGUUAUCCAGGUGUAUAUUAGUGUUAUUAUACAAACGACAUUAUGUCUAAACCAUAUAAAGUGAAAAGUGACUCAGAUAUUAAGUCGAGCUGUAAUAACAGCGAUGCUACUAAAAGGGGAUCUGUGGUCGCCUAUAGUAAUUUAGCUCAAACUGAUAAAAGCAAACUUUCAAAACUGCGUAGAUCUUCUGUGUUUAAAAUGUUCAAAAGGGAACCAACUAUACAAGUUCACGACGACCAAGAUACAGAAAUGCCUUUAAUUUGUCUGAUAGAUGAUAGUCCACUUAGAAUUAUUAAGGUUGCUGGCAAAGGAAAUUUAGAAGAAUUCGAACGAUUAUACAAUGCUGAUCCGAGCAGGCUGUAUAUUGAAGAUAGUAAAGGACAGAUGGCUAUACAUAUGGCAGCAGUUAAAGGCAGGAUAAAUAUAUUGGAUUUUAUUAUCAAUCAUAAUGGUGAUAUUAAUAUCCAAGAUAAAAAGGGCAAUACGCCGCUACAUUUAGCUGUAGAGAAUGAACAGCUAGAGGUCAUUACACAUCUACUAGAUAAAGGUGCUGAUCCAUCUAUAAAGAAUGAGAUUUCAUUCUGUCCUUUACAUCUAGCUGUUGAUAUCGACAACAUAGACGUCUUAGAGACUUUGGUAAAACAUCCAAAUAUAGAUAAAGAUGUAAGAGGUGAAAUGGGGGUCACACCAUUACAUGUUAGUGCUUUUAAAAAUAGAGCUGAAGCAGCCAAAUUGCUGAUAAGGUAUGGCGCCAAACCGUGCGUAAAAUGUGAUUUUGGAUAUUAUCCCAUCCAUUGUGCUGCUAAAGCAGCAGCUUCGGAGACGCUGGAAGUCUUAAUAGGAUAUGCAAUAUCAAAGGGAUACAGAAGAGAACAGAUUAUGUCAUUUAAAGAUAAAGAAAACAACAUGCCCUUACAUUCAGCUGUUCACGGAGGAAACAUAAAGGCUGUUGAGGUUUGUUUGAAAGCCGGGGCUCCAGUUGACACGCAACAGGAUGACUUGUCGACACCACUCCAUUUUGCCGCUUCUCAGGGUAAUCUCGAGAUGUUAAUGAUAAUGUAUAAUAACCAAACAGAUAGAUUUCAGACGGCUCUUCAUAUCGGUGACGUAGUUAAAAGAACACCACUCCACAAUGCAUCAUUAUUUAAUCAUAGUUUAGUUGUAAAGUUCUUGUUGGAGAAGGGUGCUGAUGUUAAUGCUGUAGAUAACGAAGAGAGAACAGCAUUAUUGUUGGCGGCGUCUAAAGGUGGUUGGGAUACAGUACAGAUCCUGUUAGAUCACAGUGCUGAUAUGUCUGUCAAAGAUAAAAACAACAGAAAUUUCUUACAUCUUGCAAUUAAAUUUGGUGGUCAGUUCAAAGAUUUCAAAUGUUCUUACUUUAAGAACUUAAAGAAUUUACUCAAUGAGAAAGACGAUUUUGGCUGUACACCUCUACAUUUUGCUUCUAAAGAAGGGCACUUGAUGGCAAUAGAUGACCUGUUAGAAAUGGGAGCCGCCAUCAAUCCUAAAAACAACCAUCGAGAAUCACCUUUUCAUUUUGCGUCAAAAUACGGUCGUUUUAACACGUGUAAAAGAUUGCUAGAAAGUGAACAAGGGCCAAAUAUACUGAACGAGACAGAUGCUAAGGGUAUGACAGGAUUACAUUUAGCAGCCAUAAAUGGUCAUACGAAGAUAUUAACUUUAUUAAUGACAAAAGGUGCCGUUGUUAACCGGGAUAAUACAGAUAAUACACCAUUACAUUAUGCUGCUUUGAAUGGUUAUACACAAAGUAUUCGAUUAUUACUCAGUGUACAUCGUAAUCUCUUAGAUAGUGUUAAUAUUGAUAAGGAUACACCUUUACACCUUGCUGCUAAAGCUGGUCAUACUAAUGCUGUUCUUCUGCUGAUGACAUUAGGAGCCGCUUUUAACGUAAAUAUAGAAGACAAAUCAUUCAUAGAUUAUGUCACUGAAGCAAAACUAACUGACGUAGCCUUGGGUGUCAUAGGACACGACAGAUGGCAGGAGGUAUUAGAAUGUUGUUCUGAACAAUAUGGUUGUCCAAUGUUAGGUUUUGUGCAGCAUUUACCAGAAGUCUGUAUGGCAGUUUUGGACAGGUGUCAAACAUAUUCAGAACAUGAUGGGAAAAGCAAAGAAUUAUUUAUUGAGUACAAUUUUAAAUAUUUGAGAUGUGAAAUGACCUAUGCGUCUGACCAAACAAAAAAUGUAGAUUACAGACCUCUUAAACCGUUAAAUACUAUGGUGCAACAUGGGAGAGUUGAGUGCCUCUCACAUCCAGUCGUAGUCAACUAUCUCAAGAUGAAAUGGAAUAACUAUGGAAUGUGGUUUUAUACUUUAUAUCUCUUGGUUUAUGCUACAUACCUGGCACUGCUUACUGCUUUUGUCGUCCAGAGUGAUUCACUGAAACAUCAUGAUAAAACCAAUAUUACUAAUACAACUAUGGAAAUGUUACAUGGCAAUAAACUAGAUGGUUAUGAGAGACAUCCAAAGUUUAUGGCGUAUAAUGUGGUGAUAUCUGUGUACUGUGUUUUAAACAUCAUAAAAGAAUUGUUUCAGAUGAUUACUCAGAAAAGGAAAUACUUUGAAGACCCACAAAACUUCCUUGAGUGGACAUUAUACCUGUUAACACUCUUCUUCCUGGCCCCAUUUCUACUUGGAUAUUCAUUCCAUUGGCAAUGGGAGAUAGGUACUCUAGCAGUCUUCACUGCUUGGUUUAAUUGUCUUGUAUUCCUUCAAAGAUUUGACUUCUUUGGUAUUUAUGUGGUUAUGUUCCUGGAAAUUCUGAAAACAUUGGUUCAAGUUAUUUGCGUAUUCUCCAUCCUCAUCAUUGCAUUUGGUCUCUCCUUCUAUAUUCUGCUUUCAAAGGAACAAUCGAUGGCUUAUUCUACACCAGGCUUAUCAUUGUUUAGAACUGUCAUGAUGAUGUUUGAACUGGAUUACAUGGAAUCAUUUAAUUCACCUUUCACAGACAGUUUGGGCUCAACUCUUCAUUAUGGUAGCCUGACAUUCUUCAUGUUGGCACUGUUUGUUCUAUUAAUGCCAAUCCUGUUGAUGAAUUUGCUGAUCGGUUUGGCGGUUGGCGAUAUAGAAGCUGUUCAAAGAAAUGCACGCUUGAAGAGACUGGCUAUGCAGGUUGAUAUGCACAGUGAUCUUGAAAGGAAGAUGCCACAAAGAUUGUUUGAACUGAUUGAUAAAACAAGUUACCGGAUUUAUCCUAAUAAAUGUAAAAGCCUACUAAUUAAUUUAUGGUCUAAAGUAACCUGGUCAGGUGAUAACGAGGGUAAUGCAUGCAUGGAUCCAUUCUCAAAACAGAAUACCUAUAUAUAUCAGGAACUCUUCAAACAAAAACAAAGGAUAAAAGAAGUGAGCAGUACCAUUGAAAAGAACAAUAAUUUGUUGAAACUGAUUGUACAAAAGAUGGACAUCUACACAGAAGAUGAUGCCUGGGACGAGGGACUUUGUCCAGCUGACAGCUUAUCCAGCAUUAUCCAUCCCGGUAAUAAUAUGAAUAACGGUUGGCGCUCAUCAUCCAAAUUCAAUGUUGUGCGCCAAUCAGCAGUGAUCAGACAGUGGAAGAAAAAAAUGGAUAAAUGAGCAAGGAUUGGCCGUAGAUGGAGUCAAUUCUUUAACGACUUAAGGUUUAUUGUUCAUAACGUGCGAGAACUACUGUCAUGGGGUGUUUAUUACGAAUUAAUAUCGACGGGGCCGGAUUUACCAAUAAGCAUAGUAGGUUAUUGGCCUAGGGCCAACUGAUAUCCGAAGGCCCAUUGCGUAUUUCAUUAAAUAAUAUAUUCAAAACAUAAGGGCCCCUGUACAAUAAUUUUGGGCCCACUGGUGAGUUUCUACUACGGCCCACAAAUAGGUAAAUCCUGUCCUGCUUAUUCCAUAAUGAUCUCUCGACCUCUAGGGAGCUAUAGGAUUUUCAAAGAUUGUAUCAUUUAGGUUCUUAAAUUUCCCACAACGGGCGACAACCAAAUACACAUUACGAACUAUAUUUCCCCGUGGUCCUGAAGACACCCAGAUGCGUUGCUAAUAGUGACAGCAUAUUCAAGAUUGUUCAUUUUUCGUGAAGUGUUGUGAUUUUAGUUUUUUUAUAAAUCCUUUUUAAAAAAUAUAGCAAUGUCAGAUGUUUAUAGUUAUUUUUUUUUUUGCGAUUGAAAAUCUAUGUACUUGAUAAUAACAUUAAUGUAAAAGUGAAAUGUAGUUAGUAAUAGACUAUAACACAGAACGUUUACUACUUAUAUUUGCAUUUGGUUGACAUUUCUAAGGGUAUCCUCUCGACGUUUUCAAGCAAGUACAGUAACAAUUGGGUAGGGCAAAAGGAUUAUAACAAAGCGUAAGGCAAUAGACGACUGUAUACAUUCAUAAUCUUUACCCAAAAUAUUCAUGGCUUGAUUUGAUCAUAGUCUUUUUCUUUAAUUCAGUAUUUACGUAAAUCACUCUUGGAGUACAAUUCUAAACAAUGUAGGGUUUAUUUUAGAUAUUAGGUAAAAAAAAAAUACAAGUCCAGCGAACAUAUAUUUCUGGAUUAAAAAACAAAACAAAGGGUUUAAAAACUAACUACAUUCAUAUCCUUGAGAAUGCAUGUAUGCCAUUAACGAAUGGUGUCUUUUAUAGUCUAAAGCUAGAUUCGUUUGUAUUUUGUUAUAUCUAUUGGAACAUCCAUCAUUUAAAAAUUCGAAUUCAAAAACAAAACACAUUUAAUUGAAUUUUGCAAUACUGUCUCAUUCAUGGGCUGUUUAUUCGCCUACAUGUUAAUCAGAUGUACAUUGUCCUCAUCCCUGUCCGGGCGUCGGUCUUUCUGCACAUGGUUAAAUUCUUAUCCGACGUUGGUCAUAUUUUACAGAAAUAGUUCGCAGAGGGUUCUCGAAUUUGCAGUUUUCUCAAAAGAUAAUUUCAGAGUUAUGGUCUCUGUUUACAUGCAUUCCCUGAUUUUCAUCAUUUUUUUAAGAAUCGUUAGUAUUGGGUUAAAGAUGGUCCUAUCGAUUUUUAGUAGGCCCAGAGUUAUUAAAAAUCCAAAACACGGAAAACAUUAUCGGACGAAGCUGUCGCGGUGCUGACAACAAAAUUGCUGGCGUGAGUAUGUUGCAUUUUGAUGGCAAACCAUGUUUACUCAAUUCAAACAAUUCUACCAGACAAUUCAGGAAGCCCAUUCAGCAAAACAUAUGUGCACAAAAUACUUUUGGUUACAUAAAUUACUACAGGCUGGAUCCGCUUGAAUAUGUCCAGUGGACAAUAUCGAGGUUUUUUUUGGAAAGAGUAAGUGUACUUCGCCUUGUGGACAACACCCAUCACAACUUGUAGCUGAUUUUAUUUUUAAUAAUGCGACUUUUUAAUUAUAGCGCGUCUAAAAUAGAAGUCUGCUGUUUGACAAACAUUCCUUUCUUGGUAAACAAUCCAAUUUGGCAUGGUUCCUAAUAGUGUAACUGAGAACUCGGUAAGCGUUCAAUUCGCCAGGGCUACUGGAUAGGGUUACUCAGAACUGCGUUAUAUCGCCAUUCAAUAUAGAUGAAUGUAAUUCAUAUUAGGUCCGAUGUCACACAUACGAUGUGCCGUUACCCAGAAAGUGCCCCGUGAAAUCUCUAAGAUUUCAAUUUUAUUAACCUCAUAAGUUCUCACAUUGAACUGUUUUAGUCAUUCCUUUUAUCAUGAAUUUUAUGAACAUUUACUGUUUUUGAUUUUAUACAUUUUAUUGAAGAUAAUAUAUUUGUUAUUUGUUGUGUAUAUCAUUUUAACUUUUUGUCAAAUAAAAGAAUCUCAAAA